CAUAGGGUGGCUAACAUUAACAUUAUUCCCAAUGUCAGCCAGCACAAGCGAGGAGUAGUUGGUCUCGACCACUCAUUGCAAACCUAGGUGUGUGGAGCGCGGACUAGAUUUUUCUAGAUUCCGGAAACAGUGGCGUGAGGAGCUGUUCUGCGUUAGGCUGGAAACUGGGUAGGUAAGGAAUCCAACACAAAAAUCCAGGCCAACAUCAAUUCAGUGACUUUACUUGUAGCAUUUCGAUUUUUCUUUUGUUGUUCGUUAAGUAGGCUACCGCUUUUUCAUUCAUUCAGAAACAUUUAUUUUUGGAUAUAAAUUAUGUCUCGAGUUCUUUUGGGAAUUAUACCAGACGAGGCAGUCUUCGCAGACUUUAGAAGCCAAGCCUUGUCAACGGACAACUGGUACAGCAAAUAUGACAAGAACGGAAUGGAGGUCUGGGUCGAGGUGGCCCCUGUAACAUCCCCUCAAGGAAACAAAAACGUCCCAAAAGUUCACAAGAUAAAGUGCAGAAUGACCAUAAAAGAUGUGUCGGCCGCCACGAUGUACGACGUCCUUCAUGAUGGACAGUAUCGCAAGAAGUGGGACCCAUCCAUGUUGGAGAGCUUUGACAUUGCCCGUCUCUCACCUAACGCCGAUAUGGGUUACUACUCAUGGCUGUGUCCGAAGCCACUGAAGAACAGAGAUGUGGUGACGCUGCGUUCGUGGCAGGUGACGGACGACGAGUAUGUGAUCAUUAACUACUCAGUCAAACACCCAAAAUAUCCUCCUAAAAAGGACCUUGUGAGAGCCAUCUCCCUCCUGACUGGCUACCUGGUGAAGGCCACAGGACCCAAUAGCUGCUCCUUUACCUACCUCUCACAGGCUGACCCCAAAGGUUCUCUUCCAAAGUGGGUGGUGAACAAAGCAUCUCAGGUUCUGGCUCCCAGGGUGCUGAAGUGUGUGCACAAGGCUGGCCAGAGCUACCCCGAGUGGAAGAAGCAGAACUCUCCGGAUCAGAAGCCCUGGUUGUACCCAGAGCAGAGCACCCUGCCCAUGAUGGACCCAUCUGAGCUGGCCAUCCAGCGGGCGGACUCUCUGGAGAACGUUGACGAGAGCACCCAGCUGGACAUUCAGGAGAGCGACAAGGCAGAGGAUAGCAGCUGAGCACAUCUGUCAGAGGGGAUGAAACCGAGCCAAGAGAGGACGGAUGGACAUGCUCACGCAGACCUCAAGACUCAAGUCUUCGGCACUUGAUCUCAAUCUUUAAAGUCUCCGAUCUACCCCCAAUUUAUGUUGUAUUUAUCCAGUUUUUGUCUUUAUGGAUGAUCGAGAUAAUUAACUGUUUACAUCUGUUUGGUCUUAUGAAGCGGAACAUCAUACCAACGAGUGGCAAUUCUGGUUCAUCCACUCCACUUGAACUGAACUGAUAAUGAUUUGCCAACUAACUGUGCCAACUCCAGACAGUGCACUGGCAGAAGAAGUGUUUGAUAGUAGGACCUGGUUGUUGAUUGUUACAUGCAGCUACUUUUAGAAACACCAGCAGCAUCAGCUCUUUUUAUAUUAUCAGCCAAGCUUUAUAGUCUGAUACAAUUUCAUAUUAAGUUUGGAAUAAUUCAGAACAAAGUUGAAGAAUAGCCAGGAUUGGCUGUUUGAUAUCCUGAGUAUAAAUGAAAGUCAAGAGGGUUUUUUGUAUGUUCUGUUUAAAAAAAAAAAAACAUUUUAUGGGAAACGUAUUUAUUGAGCUACAUUGUAUAGACUUGACUAUUCUCCUGAUUAACAUGCACAUGGUAGCCAAGAGUAUGGUUCACCCUCCACAUGGAUAGACAGAGUGCCUUGUCAUUCUGUGGGUUCUCAUAUCGAUAUUUAUUGAAAUGUUGUGCAAUCUGGGAGGGCGUCAAUGGAGUUAAUACCAUUGCUAGUUAUGUAUGCCUUGGUGGUUAUGUAUGCCUUGGUGGUUAUGUAUGCCUUGGUGGUUAUGUAUACCUUGGUCUUACUGUAGGCACUGAAUAAAGGAUCCAAUGGUGACUUCAUUCAAUGGAAAUCUUUUGAGUAAUAUCACACUUAGUAUUUUAUCAAAUGAGUUAUUAAUUUAAGUGAAUUGUACGAUAGAUUUUUGUGUUAUUACCUGAAGAUUGGAAUUGCCGUCAGAGAUCUUACCCCUUUAAAGUGUAUUUAUUUUCAUAAAACUACUUUCAAAUAAUGUCAUGACAGAUCAAGCUAGGAUCUUGAAGUUAGCCUUGCAAACUGAGCUGUUGAACCCGACUUUGAAGACAUGAUUGUAUUUUAAAAAUAUAUAUAUAAAUCUCAAGAUAUGG